AUGAAGAGGUGGUCAUCAGUGGUAUUGCCGGACGAUAUCCCGAAUCCGACAGUUUUGACGAAUUGAGGGAUAAUUUGUUAAAAAACGUAGACAUGAUUACCGAAGACGAACGGCGCUGGCCUUUGGGUCUCUACGGACUGCCGACCAGAAGCGGCAAAAUAAAGGAUUUGAGCAAAUUUGACGCCCAGUUCUUCGGCGUUCACGGAAAACAGGCUAAUCUUAUGGACCCUCAGGCGAGGCUUUUGCUCGAACUUACUUACGAGGCUAUGGUUGACGCCGGAGUAAACCCACAGACAAUGCGAGGCACGCGUACCGGUGUAUACGUCGGCGCCUCCGUAUCCGAAGUGGAGGAGGGCUUAGCGAUGGACAUAUCGAAAGUGUCGGGCUAUGCGCUGACCGGUUGCAGUCGGUCUAUGUUUGCCAACAGAGUUUCGUAUACAUUCGACCUCCAGGGGCCGAGUUAUUCCAUGGACACGGCCUGCUCUUCCAGCGCUCUCGCCAUCAAUCAAGCGUUGCUCGGACUGAGGACUGGUCAGUGCGACGCCGCCAUUGUCGGCGGUGUCAGCAUAUGUCUGAGACCGGUGUCUGCCCUACAGUUUCACAAACUAAAUAUGUUGGCCGUCGACGGCAAGUGUAAAUUCCUGGACGAGAGCGCCAACGGUUACGUUCGCGCGGAGACCUGUUCUGUCAUAUUCUUGCAGAAGAAGAGCGAAGCCAAGCGUAUAUACGCCACGAUUCUUCACGCAAAGACCAAUACCGAUGGCUAUAAAGACGAAGGCAUUACAUUCCCCUCCUCUCACUCCCAGAGUUCUCUUAUGUAUCAAACGCUCAAAGAGGCAAAAGUAGAUCCAAAUGAGAUCAAGUAUAUCGAGGCUCACGGAACGGGAACCGGUGUCGGCGAUCCAUCCGAAACCGGAGCCAUUGCCGAAGUCUUCUGCAAAGGAAACCGAAAGGAACCGCUACUUAUCGGAGGCGUUAAGUCGUGUUUAGGACAUUCCGAGCCCGCGUCCGGACUCAACUCAGUGGCCAAAGUGUUGGUGGCGUUUGAAAACAAAGUGAUUCCCGCGAAUCUUCACUUCAAUAAACCCAAUCCAAACAUUCCGGCCCUCAUUAACGGCCAAAUUAAACCUAUUGUGGAGAACACGCCAUUCGUGGACAGUAUAGUUCCGGUCAAUUCUUUUGGUUUUGGCGGAGUUAACGUUCAUAUACUGCUUAAACCGCACUUACAAGAGCCCACAAAAGACAAUCAAAACAUAAUCGAAACCAUUCCUCGAGUUAUUCCCAUUUGCGGCCGAACUGAGGAAAGUGUGAACAAUAUAUUUGACUUCUUGGAACAGAAUCCCAAGAAACUGACCCGCGAUCUGUUGGCACUGCUGUACGACAUGUCACAGACCACUGACUCUUCGGGAAUGAAUUAUCGCGGAUUUCUUUUGGCCAAAAAGAGCGACGAAGAGAACGCCCUGUCCUUCACUCGGGAAGUGACUCGCGUUCAGGAGAAGAGACCGCUUUGGUUCGUCUUCUCAGGUAUGGGAAGUCAAUGGACAGCAAUGGCUAAGGGAAUGAUGUCUUUGGACGUGUUUAACAAAUCCAUUCAAAAAUCGGCGCAAACAUUGAAACCACUCGGAGUUGAUUUACUUCAUCUGCUGCUCAGCGACGACGAGUCGGCACUCGAGACAACUGUCGCCCCGUUUGUGGCCAUCGCUGCCGUACAGAUAGCGCUCGUGGACUUCCUGAAGGAGAUGGAGAUCGUUCCCGACGGCAUUGUUGGCCAUUCAGUCGGUGAGUUGGGCUGUGCCUACGGAGAC